AUGAUUAACGUCUUGUCAACUUGAAGCACAUUCGCGGCCUCAUUCUACAUUGUACUGCCUUGAAUUGACGCCCGCUAGUAAAACACAAAUAGUGAACGGUAUGCAUACGACGCAACAAUUAACCCCAAAGUGACAUCCAAUGAUGCGCUUACUACUGGUCUGCAUCUUUCUUUACCUCGUUGGAGUCAUCCAAGCUCAGGCUACACCUGAUACAACACUGAAUGCAACUGAUGGUACUACUGCACCCCCGACAGCCUACGGUUCUGAAUCGUUGACGACCAGAACCUUAUGGACCAUCGUGUCCAGCUCGGUUCUCACUCUGUUUGCGUGCACAUACAGUGCGAUUCACCCUAAUAUUCUGAGUCCCAAGGACAGCCCCCAUCAUAUCCUACGGCGACAAUUUGGCAUCAUAAUAAUGGCACUUAUCGCUCCCGAACUGAUCGUCGCAUGGGCUAUGCGUCAGUGGUUCAGCGCACGCUCUGUUACAAGACAGUUUGAGAAAUCGGGAUAUCCCAAUAUCCGUCCUGAGUCUGAAGAACAAUACACUCGAGGUCACCAACUUUACACUCUAUCCCGCACCUCAAAUACGUUUCCUCGCAACUCACCUGCUUCUCAAGAUCAAGAUAGCUCCCGGGUUCUCUUAGCGCAUCCUGAAGCGCGCACCCUAAGGCAUGAGGAGACUCGUGCUCUUGCGAAGCCACUCAAAAAGUUGUUCAAGACUUAUGUUUCAGAGCCAUAUGAAGGUAAGCCCGACCCGUUUCUCUCAAACACACCUGAUGUUUGGCAUGCAUCUUUAGAUUAUGCGUGGACUCUCGCGAAGCCAUUCACAAAGAUGUUUAAGGCCCAUGUUUCAGAGCGAUCUGAAGAUUAUACAUGGACUCAGACGCACAGCUUCUUUGUGCUCAUGGGUGGUUUCAUGCUUUACGUGGACGGGGAACCCUACCUUACACUACGGUAUAAUGACAUUCUCGAACUGUUGCGCAAAGACUGUAUCGACUUCCCUAUCCUGACAGCAAACCAGAUCUAUGACAGGAGCAAAGGCAAUGCGUUAUCGAAAGGAUUGGUCAUGCUUCAAGUGGCCUGGUUUAUUAUGCAGCUUACCACCCGUGCCAUCUGUCGCCUCGAAUUUACUCAGCUCGAAGUGGGGACAUUAGCUUUUGCAGUUCUCAAUUUCCUAACCUAUGCUGUGUGGUGGGACAAGCCACUCAAUGUACAGUGUCCACAUCCAGUGUACUGGAAGUCGACCGAGUCAAGGCCAGAGGAUUACAUUGAUCUCAGUGACAGAGACAAAACCGCUUCGCUUGGGAUCUUUUCUCCGGUGCUCGGCCCAAUCAUAGAACUGAUAGGCUUGUUCGACGUCCCCACAUCCCUAACACUCCGAGUUCCAACAUUCGAUGGCAGCAUCAAACUCGGACACUCGGACAAAAUGGUCAUUCAACUUGCUGCAUUGAGUAUGGCAACCAUAUUCGGUGGCAUCCAUUGUCUAGCUUGGCCGUCUGCCUUCGUCACACAUCAGGAACGGCUCCUAUGGCGCAUAUGUGCCCUUGCUAUAACUGGCACACCCUGGCUUUUCUUUUUUGCGACUUUUACAUUCGAUUCAGCAGGUGCAGCAGUCCUGAUAUUUCUGUAUUUCUCGAUUGGUUUGGUAUCUAUCAUACUGUACGUUACAGCUCGUGCCAUCCUCUUGGUGCUUAUGUUCACCACUUCACGCCAUCUUCCUGCUGGAGCAUACCAGGCGGUGGAUUGGGUUACUUUGGUUCCGCACUUGUAGUUACUUAUCAUGAUACUUGCGAUACAUUUCAUACUUUUGUAAUGACAUUCAGAUGUAGCAUUCUUGUAGUGGACGAUGGACCUAGGCUAGGUAGUAGGUAGUACACCCAAUCGCUAUGACUCCGACACGAUCACAUGA